AUGAAGUCAAUCGAGGUGGACGCACUGGUAUGCGGAGCAGGAAUGUCUGGGCUGGCCUGCGCUGCCUUCGCCGCCUCCGCCGGCGCUCGAGUGCUGGUAGUCGAGAAGCAGGCCACUGUCGGAGGAUCCUCCAACUACUCCGCCGGCAUGUUCUGGGGACCACGCAACUACGAGAGCCUGCGCGCCUGGGUUCCCGAAGGCGAUCCGGCCUUACAAAAAGCAUGGCUCGCGGACUAUCUCCGCGCAGUGCAGUGGAUGCGCGUGAACGGAGUCCCGACAUCGCAACGGUUCGACGGGAUUAUGACGAUUGGCAUCGGAUUCCCGAUCAACAUCCCGCAUCUCCACCGAUACCACCAACAGCGCAUCCGCGACAGCCAGACUCAGUCCAAGAUCCUGACCAACACCUCGGUGAUCCAACUCCUGCAGGAGCACCCUGGCGUCGCAGGGUCCCGCAUUGUCGGAGCCAUCAUUCGCACGACUGGCCCCGUCGAAGAGGAGGCACAAUACUACAAAGUGACAGCGAAGGUGGUUGUUCUAGCGACGGGGGGAUUCCAGGGCUCUGCACAACUCACGUCUACGCAUCUGGGUCCCGGGGGAGACAAUAUCUUCGUGCGAUCGAAUAAGGGGUCCGUGGGCGAUGGACUGGUCCUGGCGUCGGCGGCGGGGACAGCCACGAGUCGGGGAAUGGGCACUUACUACGGCCAUCUCCUGGCUGCGCCCUUACGGGCUGAGGAUGUGGACCCAGGAGACUUCCUUGCGCUGGCGCAGUACCAGAGCAAGUACUGUCUCCUUAUCAAUCAAAGCGGACGUAGGUUCGUCGACGAAAGCAUUGGGGACGAGAUUGUCAACCAAUACCUUGCCAAGCAAGAGGGGAGACGGGGGUUCCUCCUCUUCAACGACAAAACACGACUCCAGCACUGCGUCUCCGCCCUGUUUCCGAACGCAGGAGACAUCGAUCGCCUACAGAAGGCCCGUGACCAUGGGUGUAAUGUCGUCAGUGCUACUUCCAUCGCGGACCUGAUUACGAAACUAGAAUCAUGGGGCGUUGAUGGCAUUCAAGCGAGGCAGACGCUUGAGAAUUACGACAGUCACAUCCGACUGGGCGACCGGGAGGUAUCGCUAGAUGCUCCCACCGGCACAGCGGGCGUGGCUCCCCGGCCUCUAACUGAGGGCGAGGGACCUUUCUAUGCGAUGGAAGUGCAGCCGUCAAUCACAUUCACCUACGGAGGCGUCCAGAUUGACACGCGGGGCCGUGCUCUCAGCGCGGAUAGAACCGCGAUCCCCGGCUUAUUGAUUGCGGGUGUCGAUGCUGGAGGGUUCAGUAACCGCGGGUAUGCUGGGGGUCUGGCCCUGGCGUUUGUGACGGGCUUCUGGGCGGCGCGGGAGGUCGCGCGGACCCUGGGGCUACCGAAGCCUGAAUUGCCUGCGGCGGCGGCGGCGGCGGCGGAGGAGGAUAUGCCUGCUGAGCGAGUCUGGCAGAAAUCGAGUCGGUUGUGA